UCUGGAGAGAGAGAGAGAGAGAGAGAGAGAGAGAGAGAGGCAUGAUGAUGGGGAAGGAAGAGAUUCGGUACGGAAUUGUAGGGGCGGGGAUGAUGGGGAGGGAGCACAUGGUGAACCUCUCCCACAUCCGCGGCGACGGCGCCGCCCUCACGUGCGUCGCCGACCCACACCCUCCCUCCCUCGACCUCGCCCUCGACCUCGCCCGUUCCCUCCAUUUGCCCCCCCUCACGGACACCGUGAGCUGCUAGACAGUGGACUCUGUGAUGUGGUGGUUGUGUCAUCUCCAAACAUGACUCACUUUGAGAUUCUCAUGGAUAUAAUUAGCCAUCCCAGACCUCAUCACGUACUUGUGGAAAAGCCUCUUUGUACUACCAUUCAGGACUGCAGAAAGGUUGUAGAUGCAGCUAAACAGAGACCUGAGAUACUGGUGCAUGUUGGGCUGGAGUACAGGUAUAUGCCUCCUGUGGCUAAAUUAAUUGAGAUAGUUAAAAGUGGAACACUUGGGCAAGUUAGGAUGGUGGCAAUCCGUGAACAUCGUUUUCCUUUUCUGGUUAAGGUCAACAACUGGAAUCGGUUUAAUGUUAAUUCUGGGGGGACUCUGGUUGAGAAGUGCUGCCACUUUUUUGAUUUAAUGAGGCUGAUUGCAGCUGCAAAUCCAGUUCGUGUGAUGGCUUCUGGGUCUAUGGAUGUUAACCAUAAGGAUGAAAUCUAUGAUGGAAAGGUACCAGAUAUCAUUGAUAAUGCAUAUGUGAUUGUAGAAUUUGAUAAUGGCUCUCGGGGCAUGCUUGACCUUUGCAUGUUUGCUGAAGGCAGUAAAAAUGAGCAAGAAAUUUCUGUUGUUGGUGACAUUGGAAAGGGUGAGGCCUUUGUUCCUGAGAGUGUUGUGCGUGUUGGCAACAGAGCAGCAGGGAGGGCUGGAGUCAUGACAAUAAAAGCAGAGGAUGAACGAAUCAAAUAUGACGGACUGCAUCAUGGAUCGAGCUAUUUAGAACACCUAAACUUCCUGUCUGCAGUCAAAGCUCAAGGUGGUGGUGCCCCUGCUGUUGACUUGAAUGACGGGUUUCUCUCCGUUGCCAUUGGUGUUGCAGGUCAACUUUCAAUUGAGAAAGGCCGUUUUGUUACCAUGGAAGAGGUCUUGUCAAUCUAGUUAACAUUCAAAAUCUGUCUCUCACUAUUCUCUCCAACAGAAAGGGAACAGUUGUCCCAAAUGAUGAUGCUUUCAUGUAUUUUGUUCUCGAGGGUAGUCCGGUUAUGCUGCUUCUUCCACUCUAUGACAUAUAAAUGUGUCUUUCUUUUCCAGAUUCCAGUUCAUCACUUCAACUAAGCGUAUCAACUUUAAGGAUAUUUUUCAUCACCUGGUUUUCUUUCA